GGUAAAAUAUUGUUACUAUAUCACUACUUAAUGUGUAAAUAUGUAACUUCAUAAGAUAAAUCCUCAUCUACGCUGCAGUGUAUAUCCCAAUUAAAAUGUCGUGAUUUGUUAAUGCGCUCACGUGUAGCUUAUUUAAUUUAGAAUAAUUUACUUGAUUUAUAUAGAGGUUAGAGGCUAAAAAGAUUAUGAAGAAAAGACGUGAAAAUUACGCUACCCUUAAAUCUAGAGACAAUUACUGCUACUUUGUAGGAAUUCAGAUGAGCAUGAAUCCUAUAUUGUUUAGGACUCCGUAGUUUUUAAAUUAAUGUGGGUUUUGUGAUCAAAAUUAUACUCAAAAUAGUUAUUCUAAUGUCUACUCAAAAUAGGUUAAGUACUAUUAUAAAUAUGGUCAAUACUUUAUUUUCUUUUUCAAAUUGAAACUCUGAAAUCAAGGUAUCGGACCCCCUCCUCUGCUAGAUUUUUCUUGGGGCAACUCUUCACUUUUCUUUGUUCCCCUUUGUCCUUACAGAAAAAUGUCUGUAGUGAUAGUAACAAGUUUGGGAGACAUGGUAGUGGACUUGUUUAUAGAUCGCUGCCCUUUAACAUGCAAGAAUUUUCUGAAGUUGUGCAAGAUCAAGUAUUAUAAUGACUGCCUCUUCCACGAGGUCAAGAAGGAUUUCAUAGCGCAGACCGGAGAUCCCACUGGAACAGGGUCUGGGGGUGUGAUAUACAAAUUUUUAUAUGGUGACCAGGCUCGGUUCUUCGGGGAUGAAAUCCAUCCGGAUCUGAACCAUUCAAAGAUGGGAACUCUAGCCAUGGCUAGCGCUGGUGAGAAUCUAAACGCUUCUCAAUUCUAUAUCACACUGCGUGAUAAUAUCGACUGCCUUGAUGGAAAGCACACUGUUUUUGGAGAAAUUGCAGAAGGGCACGACACAUUGAAUCGGAUUAAUGAAGCAUAUGAGGAUGGAAACAGCAGGCUGUUCAUAAAUAUCCGAAUCAAACACACUUACAUAUUAGGCGAUCCUUUCCACGAUCCUCCCCAACUUAUGAGCGCCUUUAAUAUUCCAGAAGCUUCAUCCCGAGAUGAUGUGCGAUUAGAAGAUGAUUGGGUGCCAAUGGAUGAGCGAUUAGGUGCACGAGAACUUGAGGUGGUUGUGCAGGCAAAAGAAGCACAUUCCCGAGCAGUAGUACUUGAAAGUAUAGGGGAUAUUCCUGAUGCUGAAAUUAAGCCUCCAAAUAAUGUGUUAUUUGUUCGCAAACUGAAUGCAGCUACUGACAAUGAAUCCUUGAAUAUUAUUUUCUCAACAUUUGGGACCGUGAAAUCUGCUGAAGUUAUUAGGGAUUACAAGACUGGGAAUAGCCUCUGCUAUGGUUUCAUUGAGUUUGAAACCAAAGAGGCCUGUGAACAAGCAUAUCAUCAGAUGAAUAAUGCUGAAAUUGAUCACCGAAGGAUACAUGUUGAUUUCAGUCAGAGUGUUGCAAAGUUGUGGUCCCGAUAUCGACGCAAUAGAAGACCAAUAUGAUUUGCUAUGUGCAAAUUGAAUUCUCCUUUAUGCUACUGCAGAGUGUGCAAUGUGGAGAUCCGCAGCUGGUUCAAGUUAUCAUCUGUUAUAUGUCACUUAGCCGUGACUUAAUUUUUCUUUUUUUAGCAUUUGGACGGUUUUUAGUCUCUAACUUUCUUUCUGUGGCAGAUUUUGGCUCAAUGUUGAAUAUUUGAAUUUUUACUUGCGUUUUGGUUGUCUCUCCAAAGGAUGAGAGAAAAUUUGAGGAAAAUAAAAAGCUAUUAUGCAUAAAUGGAUCAGGUAGAAUUUCAAACCCCAGAUUUUUAUCCAUGUCAGUGAGAGUUUAAUUUAUAUACACUAGUACUGUAAUUAUUUCACGCACUCACUAACUCGAAUCCUAGAUUUUCCUUGGAUUCAGGGAGGCGAGGGAGGAUUUCUGCUCAGAGAAUAUGAUUGAAAGAAUUGUAGUUUGCAACUUUGCAUGAAUCAACUUGUGUUCAAGAGGUACAUUGAUCAAGCAAUAAUUAAAGAUAUUUUUCCGCGAAAUAAGAGUUAAUUUUCUUACUUCCAUAUCACAAGAGAACCUUAUGUGUGACUGUUGUGAACCUGUACGGUUA